AUGUACCAUGUCAAAGCCAUCCCCCAGGCUCCUCCGGGAGGAUUGGACCUCAACACUGCCGAAGACGAGGAAUUCUCCCCGGACAAACUUCGCUCGAACAUUGAGCGUCUUUACAUGACCGUCAUUGUCGGGCUGAUUGCUUUUGGAAAACAUAUCGCAAGAUUGAGGUCGUGGCGCGAACCCCGUCGGACGGCUUGUUUUGCCGUCGUUUACUUCGUGGCUUGGAUCUUCGACCUGAUUGUGCCCACCUUACUUACCACGAUCAUCGUCCUCAUCACCGUCCCUCAAUCGCGGAACAUCUUGUUCCCUCCGGCGCCCCUUGCUCUGGUCAGCCACAAGUCGGGUGGUGUGCAGAAACCAGGGGCUGGUGUGUUGGGGAGCCACGACAGUGUUACUGGAGCUCCUGAGAAAUACAAGGGCGAGGCGGUUGAACAAGAAGCUAGUAACUUGGUCUCGGGUAUUGCGUCUGUAGCCAUCUCCAGCGCUGCUGGUCGACAUGAUCAAGCGAGUCCGGACGAACAGGGUGGCAGCAAGACUCUGGACCAAGGAAUGCCCGACCCGACCAAGAUCGCUACAGCCGCCGCGGAUGCUUCUUCGGCUGCUCAAGGCGGAGAUCCCGAUGCCGUUCAGGACAAGACAAAGAAACCCAUGGAGGACGCCGUGUGGAAACAAGUUCGACCCAUCAUGCAUGGUAUCGGAGAGGUCUCCGACAUGUGGGAACGUCUCGCAAACGCCUUGUCACCUACUCCGCCCUUUUCGCAAAGAAACCGUCUCCAGCUCGGCGCGAUUUUUGUGCCAAUACUUCUGAUCUCCUUGGUCACACCAGCCCAAUGGGUCAUGAAGGGAUCGACAUUCUUCGCCGGCUUUGGCUUUUUCUCGGAUCCUUUGAUCAGACGCGGCGUUCAAUUGUUGAAUGAGAAGAUUCCAGAUUGGCCGAAGUACCUCGAGAUCCGGAACACUCUCCUCAAGGGCGUACCGACAAAUGCUCAACUUACCAUCACUUUACUGCGCAUUGGCGAGGCAAACCGUGCUCCACUGCCACCACCACCAAAGUCAUCUCAGCCGCCGCCGGACAAGCCCGCCGACAUUGACAAGCAUGCAAUCACUGAAGGAGGACUCGACGCGUCACAUUCCGAGAUUGAAGAUGUCAUCACCGUCGAUCAGCCUAGUGGUACCGAAGGUGCAGAGACUCCAGAACCGAAGAAGAAAAAGGGCGGAAUCGGCGCCAAGAUCUUGUCCGUAUUCAAGACCAGCACGGCCGGUGCAGUCGAGACUAAACUGACGACUGACGCCGUUCGAGCCACCAUGGGCUCCGGCCACGCAAAAGAGAAGUUGGGCGUGCUCCCAUCGCGGGCAGAAAUGAAACGCAAGCCGAGGGAAGGCCCCGUGGAAUUCCGGGCGAGAUACCACGGUCGCAAGGGCGCCGUCUACAUUGACAGCUCCGUCUCACCUCCGAGUGGCCGCCGACCGGCGUCGCCGUGCGUCUACUUCACAACACAUCUCGACGACGACGAAACUGUGGAGAGCAUGCCUCGCGACCCCGAUUGGGCGGUACCCAUUGCGGACAUCGUCGAGGUGAAGAAAGUCGGCGGCCUGGGAUGGAAGGGCAAGAUUGUGGUCGGCUGGGCGACCGAGAGGGAAGUCAAGGACGGCAUCGAGAUCGUCGCCAAGGACGGCUCCGUGUACCGCGCUAUGGCCAUCAAGGAGCGAGACGAGCUGUUUAACCGGCUAGUGUCCAUGGGCCAGCAGGUCUGGGAGAGUCAUUAA